AUGCCGUUUGGGUUGAAGAAUGCAGGGGCAACGUACCAAAGGUUGAUGAAUAAAGUGUUUCAACAUCAAAUAGGCAAGAAUGUGGAGGUAUACGUGGAUGACAUGGUUGUAAAAUCCAGAAACGUUGAUCGGCAUGUAAUGGAUCUUUCGGAAAUUUUCCAACAGUUGCGCAAGUACGAAAUGAGGCUCAAUCCGGAGAAAUGCGUGUUUGGGGUGUCCGGAGGAAAGUUCCUCGGCUUCAUGCUUUCGGUUAGGGGAAUUGAAGCAAAUCCUGAUAAAUCUGAAAUAACAAAACCUGUGGUGAGAUUGUUGAGAAAAGCAAACAAGUUUGAAUGGUCCGAUGAAUGCGAGAAGGCUUUUCAGACUUUAAAGGAACGCCUCGGUUCCCCACCAGUCCUUUCUAAGCCCGAUCCAGAAGUACCAAUUGUGGUUUACUUGUGUGUGUCAAAUGAUACAAUAAGCACAGUUCUAAUUCAAGAAAAGGAGGGACAGCAGCCCAUUUACUUCGUCAGCCGUAUGUUACAAGAGGCCGAGACAAGGUACCAGCUCUUGGAAAAAGUGGCACUAGGGCUGGUUCACACCGCUCGGCGCCUCCGGCAAUAUUUUCAGAGUCACCAAAUUAUUGUUCGAACCGAUUGCCCAAUAGCUAAAGUACUACGUAAACCUGAGUUGGCAGGAAGGAUGAUGGCUUGGUCUAUUGAGUUAUCGGAGUUCGACAUUUGUUUCCAACCUAGAGGACCAAUCAAGUCUCAAUGCUUGGUGGACUUUAUCAAUGAGUUGCAGCCGAGGGGUUGUUUUGUCAACGAUUUAUGGACGAUACAUGUGGAUGGUUCCUCCAACAAUCAAGGCAGUGGAGCAGGUAUAAUUUUGGAGGGACCAACAGGAUUAAUCCUAGAGCAAUCAUUACGAUUUGCGUUCAAGGCUUCAAAUAAUCAGGCCGAAUACGAAGCAUUAUUGGCUGGUUUAAGGCUUGCACGAGAAAUUGGUGUAAACCGACUGGAGUGUUGGACCGAUUCGAAAGUUGUAGCCGAACAAGUGAAUGAUAAUUUUCAGGUCAAAGAUGCAAACUUGUUGAAAUACUACCAUUUGUUUCAACAAAUGCGCGAUACGUUCGAAGAAGUUUACGUAAAGCAUACACCAAGAGAACACAACGCGAGGGCGGACCAGUUGGCUCGGUUGGCAAGCAGUACCAGAAAACCUAGACAGCUACGAACCACACUUCACUUGGAUCUUGAAACGCCAAGUGUGGUAGCUGCUGAAUGUUUGGUAGUAGAGGGGUCUGUUCGUACAUGGAUCACCGAGAUAAUAGAUUAUCUUGAGCAUGGUACCCUACCAUCUGACCCAACGGUGGCUAAAAAGCUCCGAACGCAGGCCGCUAGAUAUGUCGUGAUUGGAGGAGACUUGUAUAGAAGAGGAUUCUCGGCUCCGUUGCUGAAAUGCGUCGAUGCAGAACAAGCUAAUUACAUAUUGAGAGAGAUGCAUGAAGGGAUAUGUGGUUUCCAUUCGGGAGGACGGACUUUAGCAACUAAAGUGCUUCGGGCCGGAUACUACUGGCCUACUCUCAGGGAAGAUUGUGUAAAGUUUGUAAAGCAUUGUGUAUCGUGUCAGCGGCACGGUAACCUUAUCCAUGCCUCGGCUGAAGAACUUCAUGGCAUCAGUUCACCUUGGCCAUUCGCAAUGUGGGGGAUGGAUAUUCUUGGACCCUUCCCAAUCGCCAAGGGUCAGUGCAAAUUUUUGUUGGUUGCAGUAGAUUAUUUCACGAAAUGGGUAGAGGUCGAGCCGCUUGCCAAUAUCACAGCAGCCAAUGUUCAAAAGUUUUUAUGGAAAAACAUCAUUACCCGUUUUGGCAUUCCAUAUGCACUUGUCACUGACAAUGGUUUGCAGUUCACCGAUCAAAAACUUAAUCGGUUCAUUCAGGAUCUCGGUAUCAAACACAGGUUCACCUCGGUCGAACACCCGCAAGCCAAUGGACAAGCCGAAGCAGCAAACAAAGUAAUCCUUGGAGAAUUAAAGAAACGAUUGGGGGACGCUAAAGGAGCUUGGGCAGAGGAGUUAUUAGAAGUUUUAUGGGCGUACCGGUGUACACCUCAAUCCACAACUAAAGAAACACCCUUUCGGCUUACGUAUGGCACAGAUGCCAUGGUACCUGUUGAGGUGGGCGAACCGUCUUUUCGGCGACAAUAUUUUCAAGAAAACACUAAUGAUAUUUCUCUUCGAGCUGAAGUUGAUAUGGUCGAUGAAGUACGUGUUCGAGCCGAAAUCAUAGCAGAAGCUUGCAAGCAGAGGAUGACUCGUAGGUUUAACUCCAAUCUUAUCAAGAGAAGUUUCAAGGAGGGCGACUUAGUAUGGAGAGUGCAAGGAACGACAAGACGCAAUUCAAAAGAAGGCAAGUUGGCCGCUAAUUGGGAUGGCCCUUUUCGGGUCCGACACAGUUUAGAAAAUGGGGCAUACAAAUUGGAAGAACUUUCGGGCAAGAUCAUUCCCAGAACAUGGAACGCUUCUCAUCUGAAGACAUAUUAUAGCUAG